AUGACCAGGUGGUGCCUCUUACUGCUGUUCUUUGCCUUCAUCACUGUCACGAAGGCUGAAGAUACUGAGUUCAAAGAAGAUGCUUCACCACCAAACGAAGACGCUGAGGAAGUCAUUUCGGAUGAGAUUACUGAAGAUGAAGAUGUUUUAGUGCUUAACAAGCACAAUUUUGAGAGAGCCCUAAAGGAGAACAAAUAUCUUCUGGUGGAAUUUUAUGCUCCUUGGUGUGGACACUGUCAGAGUUUAGCACCAGAAUAUGCCACAGCUGCAGGACAGCUGAAGAAUGAGUCUUCAGAAUUCAAACUAGCCAAAGUUAAUGCCAUAGAGGAGAAGGAGCUGGCUUCAGAAUUUGAUGUACACAGCUAUCCCACACUGAAGUUAUUUAAGGAGAGCAACAGAAAAACUCCAGUUGACUACACAGGGAAAAGAAAUGCAAAAGGCAUUGUCAGUUGGUUAAAAAGAAGAGCUGGUCCCAGCUAUGCAUUCCUGGACAGUCCAGCUGAAGUUGAAGCAUUUAUUGAUUCAGCUGAGAUUGCCAUUGUUGGCUUUUUCAAGGACCUUGAAAAUGACGAUGUGAAAACAUUUUCUGAGACAGCAAAUGAUUUUGUGGAAAUACCAUUUGCUAUCACCAAUAAUGCAGAGAUUUUGGAGAAAUAUGGCAUUUCGAAGAGCACCAUAACAAUGUUCAAAAAGUUUGAUGAUCGGAGAAAAGAUUUUGAAAUCGAUAAUCAAACGGGUUUGGUUAAGGAUGAACUCAGUAAGUUUAUCCAUAUUAAUGAAAUGCAUCUUGUUACUGAAUUUACGAAAGAGAGUAACGCAAAAAUAUUUGAUGCUAAAAUUGACAACCACAUCCUGUUGUUCAUCAACAAAACAAUUAAGGAGCACAAUCAACUUUUGGAGAACUUUAGGGCUGCUGCAGAUUCCUUCAGAGGCAAGGUCCUUUUUGUUUAUAUUGAGAUUAAUGGUGACAAUGAUCAUGUGCUGGACUACUUUUCUGUGAAGAAAGAAGAUGCACCAACAAUUCGUUUAAUUAACAUCAGCAGUAUUAAGAAAUACAAGUUUCCAUUUGAUGAAAUUAGCACAAUUAACGUGAGAAACUUUUGUCAGAAGGGACUUAAUGGAAAUCUUGAGCCUUAUUUAAAGAGUAAAGAUAUACCAGAAGAUUGGGACAAGGAUCCAGUUAAAAUUCUGGUUGGGAAGAACUUUGAAAAUGUUGCUUUUGAUGAGACGAAGAAUGUGUUUGUUGAGUUCUAUGCUCCCUGGUGCGGUCAUUGUAAAGAAUUGGCCCCUGUUUGGGAACAACUGGGUGAGAAGUACAAAGAUCAUGAAAACAUUGUAAUUGCAAAAAUGGAUGCUACUGUUAAUGAAGUUGAAUCAGUUACAGUCCAAGGAUACCCAACAAUCAAAUAUUUCCCAGCUGGUUCAGAAAGAAAGAUUGUGGACUAUAAUGGAGCAAGGAAUCUGGAAACAUUUACAAUAUUUUUAGACAAUGGCGGUGAAUUACCUCAAGAAGAAGACAAAGAUGAUAAUGAUGACACAAAUAUUGAUGACAGACCUCUGGGGAAAGCCAACAAAACAACUGAGCAACAUGCAAAAGAUGAGGCCACUACCAGUAAAGAUAAAAAGGAUGAACUGUAG